AAUCCUUGUAUGCUGCAUCACCUCUGUUGUCCACGUGGUGGCGGUAGUUUCCCCCUGGUACAAUUUUAAAGGCGAGAAUAUUGAAGACGAAGAAGUAGUUGUUUUUAAAAUUAAGCGCCCCUGUAUGUACCAUUACCCCUCUUCGGUAGGAAUAGCGAAUAGGUUUUAAAUAUAAUUAUAGUCAAAUAUUAUUUUGUAAUUGUAUGUUUUUGAAUAUAAAGUGUUGAAGAAGGUCCCUUAAUCGGUGCUCUGAAAAAUUAUGUUCCGGAUGUUAAUAUUAGCUAAGGCUAACAGUUAGCAAGUUGUUGAUCCAUGAUGAAAUGUCCAUCAGACGGGCUCUUUUAAGCUGUGCUGUACUUUCACUACAAGACUCGUGUGUGUUUUACCCCUGUUGUAAAGGCUGUUUUUCAAGAAUUCAUGCUGAAAAAGAGGACGCGAGAAGAUUUCGGUGCUCUAAAUGUGGUUAUUGGUGUCACAAAGACCAAGUUGAUCACAGAUAUCGCCUGUCGUUGAGUGUCGCUCGGGAUGGAAGCAUAUUUGGUGUAACAGUGUUUGGAAACAGCCUUAACAGAUUCUUUGGUAUUCAUGCAAAUGGAUUACAGAGGUUGGUUGAAAACCUGGAUGGACCCCUUGAUCAACCGACUAGAUCAACAUUGCUUUUGAAGGCAGUUAAAGACUGCUUCAUUGGCCAGUACUUCCUCUUUGGUUUGAAGUUCACCGAAACAGGAAAUGAACCUUGGUGCCAAAGGCCGCCCUCGGAUGGCUUCAACAGGGGAGAUAGAGCUCAGUUUGUUGCCAGUCAGAUGCUCCCCCCCACACCUGGGGCUCCGGCAGGCUGCACCGUGGUCACUUAUUAUCAGGUUCUUCUUCAGAACGCCUCAGAACCUCAGUGUUGUAAUCUUAGAAAAAGACUUCCAGCUACAGCUCCUCUGCUAAUUACUGAACCUGAUCCAAGUAGCAGCGAGAACGCCCCUUUCUCUCUCUCUGGUCUUCUCUCCCAGUCACGCCUAAGAUUAGAAGACCAAGACAGCACCCUCACAUUCACCCCACCAUGGGAGCAAUCCCUUGGGCUCGUGACCUCGUCAGCAGAGCAGGAGGAACCCUGUGGCGCUCCAGAUAACAAACAUGUGGCGGCCAGACAGACGGACGACGGCACAGGACCGCACCUUGCCCAGAGAGUCGAUGUGAAGAACCAAAAAGAUGAGGAGAGCUUUGAUAGAACUUCUUACUUUGCUCGACAUCCAAGCUUUUCUGUUCGAGAUGAUUUUGAAAACAGCUUCAAUGCGAACACUUGGUCCACCCCCCCCCAGCCUGACAUCAGAAAUUGCAGCCUGUCCCAAAAUGAGUUUUUCAUAGAACAGCAGCACACAGAACCAUGUUCUCCGAACUCAUUAGCUUGGGAGGAUUGUCCUUUUUCUGAGAGUCUUGAUGUGUUUUUAUGUCAAGAAAGCAGAGAUGCUAUAAUUGGUGAGACAGGGUUGGAUUUUAAAAGCAACUUUCCAAAACAACCAGAAAAAACUGCUCGGGAGACAAAAGGUUAUCCAGGAGAAUCUUCUGCUUCUCAAACCAGAGGCAAAUGCUCAUUUUUACUGGAUGUCACCAAAGUAUCUACUUUAAAAGGAGUCAAUGGAUCCGAUUUCUCUGAUCAGGUGUCCGAAAAAUGCCCAAACGCUAAUAAAUUCAAAGCUAUUUAUUCCCAUGAGUGUGAUGAUGAUGAUGAUGAUGAUCAAGAAGCUCAUUUAUCUUUUGAAAAGGACAGCUACAACUGCUCAGCUGACCUGUUCAGUGGCUCAUUUAUGAGCAGAGUGGACACGGAUGCACCUGCUGUUACCGUUGGAACAGCAGCAGAUGCCUGCAUGCUUGUUUGUGCGAUGGACCAGUCCCCCAUGAGUAAGAAACUCAUAAAUGUCACUAACUUAUCACCUCUCAACAAGAAACAAAGUAGUGGGAAAUCAAGAAACAGUUUCAAUACUCGAGUACCAGAAGAUUUUGACUUUGUUCCUCCUUCUCAGUCAACUCCUGUCAUGAAAGUAAAAGUGCUGCCGCCACUUUGGCACCCUCUCAGGAAAGGACAAGAUGAGUGCACAAAGGAAAACAUCACACAGAGCUUUUCAUCCAACAGACAAACCCCAGAAAGAAGGCUGAGAAAAAAAGAGCUUUACUCCUUUCUGCUUGGACAGCGGAGAAGAACUCCAAACCUGGACUCAAGAAAGGCUGUUUGUGAUGAAGAGGAUGGAAUUAUUGUCCCCACUCCUGCUGCUAAGUCACAGCUAAAUGCGAUGCCAAUAGGAAGACGGUUUAUUGAAAAAGGAAGCAGUUGUUUUACUUUGAAAAGGUCUCAGGAAGACAGAGAUGAUUGUAAAAGAACUCUCUUAUUAACAUCUCCUCAUAGUCUUGUGGGACAAACGGGAAACUCUGACGAGGCUGUUAAUGAGGAGGCGGUUGAUGAAUGUCACAAGAACGAGAUGUGCGAUUGGUCUCGAGAUUUGUUCUCUGAUUCAAUCUGAAUCUUUAUUUAAAGGAUUAGUUGUGUUACUGUUGGCACCCUGAUCGAAUAGCUUUGUUUUAGAAGCGAGGCUCCACUGCAGCCAAAGACGGCAAAGGUUUUUGCACCAACGCAAGAAGAAAACAGUAUUUUUACUUGUUGCACUGCAAUAAUUAAGUAAUAAACCACUGAAUGAUUUACAUUUUUAUGUGUUUGUCUUUGUUGCAGAAAGUCAAAACACUCCUCAGCGUUCUAACUCGAAUGAUUUGGGAGAUCAUCGACAGUGGUUGAAGUUCUGAAAUGAUGGCGUACUGAGUUGUUCUUUAAUCUACCAAGUGAGUGGAUAGUAAUUCUAUAUGUAUUGAGAAGUACCUGAGGGUUUAAUCCCAAACACAAGAAAACUACCGUAGUAUUAUUGGGUAAACUGUAUUUUCAAAAACGCAUUUUUUAAGGACAAUUGAAUUCCAUGUUGUGAUUUUUAUUCUAUCUUCCAGAUGUAAUAUUUGUUUGGAAACAUGAUGCAAAUUUGUGGGUGAAGAAUUUUUAACAUUUCUGAACAACAGAGAUGACAGAGAAAAAAAAAUACUAAUGUUUUCUUGUAAUUUGUAAAGUUUGAACCAAUCUCUUCCAAAAGUGAUGUUUUUCCUGACUUGGAGCAAAUUUCCAAUUCUUUACACUCUCCUUGUGGUGUGUUACUGAGCUGAUCUAUUUGUCUGGAUCAGCUCGGUGACUGCCGCUCCCCCAGGAGAUGGGUCAGAGGUCAAGUUUCCAACACCUACAUCUGAAAAUGAAGGAAGUUUUAGCUUUCCUUUUGGAGUUCUGAGUGUUUGUUGGUAAAUCAGAAGCUUUGUAAUUUGUGAAUCAUCGUGAAUUAAAAUACCAGAUAAACCCAA